AUGGAACAACGGAUUGAUCUUGUUAGUGUCGGUGGCGGUGGAGAGGAUCAACCAAAUGAGUGUCAGGGUGGUGGCGGAGCAGGUGGUGGGCAGAACAACAACAACAACAACACCAACCAGCCGCCGCUGCAAUCAUGCCCCCGUUGUAACUCAGCUGACACCAAGUUUUGCUACUAUAACAAUUAUAGCUUAUCUCAACGAAGAUACUUUUGUAAGGGAUGUAGGAGGUACUGGACCCAAGGUGGUACCCUCCGUAACAUCCCUGUAGGUGGAGGAUUCCGUAAGAACAAACGCGCCAAGGUAGACAUAGCGUCCCCUAGUCAGCAGCCUCAACAGAUGCAGCAGGCCAUAGAGCCUCCUCAUCUGUUUGCUGUGCCGCCUGUUAUUUCUGCAGGAAAUGGUAAUAACUUUCUGUUAGGAAAUCAGAAUCAUAGGGCGGGGUUAUUCACAUCAGCAACCUUGGUUGCAUUACAUCAAAUGAGGCAGCAGCAACAGCAGAUGUUUGCCUUGGGAACUAACAGAGGUUUGCUACAAGAUUUUAACGUACCGAAUACACGGUCCAACCCGGUAGACGGACUACUGUUUCAGACUGCUGCUCCGUCGUCAAUAACCGGAGAAUGGAACAUUGGCACCGAAACAGAAGGCGUGCCUGCGCUGCCUUCUCUGUCGGAACCAAUCUACAACGACGAUGUUAACAACAGAGUCAACAACAUAAACGACGAUGUUAACAACAACAUUAACAAUAGCAAUACUUAG